ACAGUCCCCAACACCUUUUCUUCUUCCGCUCCACCAGCUCACAUCAUUCCUGCGAAACCGUUUUUAGUGCCCAAACACAAAUAUGGAGCCUACCAGAUUGAAACAAUCCUCCUCUGCCCCGACCAUCCGUUACUCGAUCGAGGAGCUUCUUGAGUAUCGCAAUUCACUAAGCCAUGUUAUCUGUCCAAUUGAUGGAUUCACUCUAGUCGCAUGGGCAGAAGGACUAUUGGACAAGGUAAUAGGUCCCACUAUGGUCUACAAUCCACGAUUUUCCGGAGAAGACGACCCUUCCCAAAAGGAGCGCUUAUAUUGACAAUUUUUUAUAUAGAUUGGGGACUACGUACCGCAGGAACUAGCUGCCCGCAAGCAGUAUGCCAAAAAGGUUACUGCCGUACAAGGUAAGCAAAGUCAGCCCGUCAUUCCAGCGCCUCGUUCAGAGCCAAAAGGAAAAUAGGAGGCAAACGGUGCAGGCAGCUAACCCUUUCAACAUUAUGUCGACAGAAGAAGCCGAACCCGAAGGGCUAUCAAAAGAUGGUGAGACCCGAGGAGUGUUCAGUGACAGCUAUCACCCAAAUCGCCGGGUGGCACUAUUUCUUGCUUACUGACCAAUACCUAGCUAUAGGGAUUGCGGAAAAACGCAGGAUUGAGUACGCCGGUUUAACGUUUGCUGAUUUUUUGAACCUUGGCAAGUACGGAUCUCCCACGAGCAGCCAAGAGGAAUCUGUCUCCGGUUCUCACUCCGAGAAAAGACAAGUGACACCACCGUUUGUACAAGUAAAGUCCUAUAUUCUCCCAAAAGAGACAGGUCCCAAGGGCGGAGCCUCUGCCAUUGGCCCAAUUCAGAAGGACACUCACAGCCGGCCCACUCCCGGCAUGGGAACUGGGAAACCUAGCACUACGAGAGAGAGCGUUGAGGAUAGCCUGGACGGGGAAAUUCAGGCCAGUUCUCAUGACGAAGUUCCGAAAGCCACUCCUUUUGGAGAAGCCGUGGAAGAGCCUAAGGAGUCUGGGGAUAUUGUCGACCAGGACGCCUGGAUCAAUGUGGGGAUCCACCCAAUUAUUUUCCGCACAACCUAAACUAAUGCGUGGUAAUACUAGGAAAUGCUCGAACGUACCAAGAUUUUCGCCGGCAACAAAUAUAAGAGAACCUAAGUACGAGUUGGGAUCUUCCUGUAUCUUACGUUAUCCGGCCUGUGCUGCCAAAUAGCUACGGGGACGCUGGCUGAUAGGUAUCGUAGCGGGUUUCGUGUCUUUCAAUUUUGCUCCUUGCUUCAACGGGUGUGUUAAAUCAAAAUAAAUAAUCAAAAUCCAGCGACCAAAGCGAAUCCGUAGCCUGGCUAUAAUAGAUUAACCAAGCAUCUUCGCGCACCUAGUUAGUACGUACUUCAGAAGUUAUUGGGUCGUGAGCAAGGGUAAAAUAUCUCUAUGUUUUCAGAGAAAGACGCCUAAAACAAUUGGAAAAACCAUACAAUACAGAUACCGGUUAUGCUUGCAUCGGCAAACGUGAAAUUAAGAAUCCAAGAAAAGAAUUAAAGAGUAGCUCCCAAACAAGUAUCAAUCACGGAAAUCCGAGCAUCGGCGGAAACUAUCAUGGCGGUUAUCCCGUAAAAUGCAACAAAAACAAACAACCCUAGCUCUUCAAUGCCUCCAGUCGCUCUCUCAUAUCCUCGAGACCCAUCUCGGAGCCCUCUUCGACCUCCUCCUCCUUCUCGAGUUGUGAAGGAACGGUACCGGUUUGCUCCAGCUUUCCACCCAUUAUCUCUCCAAGUAUCUUUCCCACCUCAGUCUCCACCUCUUCGUCAUCCUCCUCAAGGGCAUCAUCGGGUAAUGAAUCAGCAAUCAUCUCCUCAAUAAUGCCGGCCCUAACAAGCUCCAUGCUCAACUCCCUCAUUGUUCCGGUCAACUCGGGCAGCCUCACAAGACUGUUUACAUCCUUCAUAACACCUGUAGAAGCUUUAAUGCUGCCCUCAAUCUUUCUCACCGAGAAGGCCUCGUUCACUUGCAUCCCUACCGACUGAAGUUGAGCCUUGGAAGUAGCCAAUCUUGAGGAUUGCCGUCGGAUGCGGACGAGUUCACGCGCAAGGAUGCGGGUUUGCUGCGCACUGCUACUGGAUUUUGAAUUUGAGGUGUCAAGUAUCAUCUUCUUGGUCUUUGUUUCGAGGAGCCGGAGGCUUUGCAUAUGUCUGUCGAGCUCUCGAGCGUUCUUGCGAAGUAGGGCGUUACAUUUCCGCAGCUGUGUCUGUUAGCCACUUCCCAAGCUGCGAGGAGGGUGGAUGGGAGGUUUUACCUGGACGGCUGGAUCGGGUUUCCAGAAGAUUGCCUUAAGUGAUUCCAUGAGUCGGUUAUCGGAUGGUUGGAGAGCUCUCGGGAGGGGGGCGAGGUUGUAGACUGUGCGUGACGAAGCUCGAUUCCCUGGCGUUUGUGUUGGCUUGCCGAGACAUCCCGGAUGGGGUCCCGGGCUAAGGAUAACUGGGCUCGCGGCUC